AUGGCCAAAUUUGGUCCCCAGCCUGAGAAUGCUGGUAAUAACCAGCCCUCUACUCUCUAUUCCCUCAUCAUGACGCCUGUCAACAUAACCGUCUUCCUCUUCUCACUCCUCCUGGUCGACUUUCGCCAUACUGCUAGCCGCAACAACUUCUACGGUACCGGUAACUCGCAAGCGAAAUGGGUACCCCGAUGGUUCCUCCAGCCAUACCAACACAUUGGCCAUAGGGAUCAUGAUGCCCAUGGUCGUUGGCACUAUCACAGCAAGCAGAAGAAGCUCAUGAAGAUGGAAGCAGACGAAGCGUUUCAGAUGCGGUCUUCCAUGUUCAUGUUCAUGGCUGUGGCAUUGGCUCUGGCUACGAGUGCUGCCUGGUUCUUGACGAGUCGUCUAUAUUACAGUGUCGCUUCUCUUGUCGAGCCUCAUACCGCGAGUCAUACUAUUCCGCCUACGGGUCCGUGA